AGAUCCCUACCGAAACUCCUAGGGAAAUCCCUGCCAAAAUUACUACAAACAUUCCUACUGAAACUCCUACCGAAACAUCUACCAAAACUCCUACCAAAAUUUCUACUACCGUAAAGCCUACAAAUACUCUCUGUCCGCUUUUUGCAACUGAACCUCUUGCCCCAAAU